GUGUUGGCGAAAGCAGCGAAAGCAGUUGGUUCACUCCAGACCGACUCAUUUGUGAUCAGGUUCAAUCCGGAUUGUUACUGUACGACUGUGCGCCAUGCCGAGGAUGAAGAUAUCGAAAAACAAAGAAGAUUGGUUGCUGAAGCUGCCGAAUUCCUACUCGUGCAGCAACUGCCAAAUCUUGUCCGCGACUGCUUACAACGCUCAGUAAUGCCGCUCGAUGGUGCCUCGCUGAGUGAAGCAAUGCACACACGCGGUAUCAAUAUACGCUAUCUCGGCAAACUGAUCAGAUGCAUACAGAAUGUCAGACAGCUUGCAUAUCUCAAGGUUUGUUUGGAAACGAUUCUGAUACUGUUAUUUGUGGAAAUGACGAUAAUUUCUGUGGCUGAGUUGUUGUGCCGAUGUGCUAAGCAUAUGUUUCGCGGUUACUUGCAGCCUGUAUCGGCAGCGCAGUCCGCAGCAGCGGUUGCGCAUUUCUUGAAUUGCUUUCUAACUUCCACUGAACCGUCGGCGACUUUUUGUAGUGAGGAAGUUAGUUUUUAA